UCUUAUAAACUACUGUCCACUUGAACCUGUCGUGUACAUAGAUAAUCCAAUCCUCUUGUACAGUUUCGUUGCUUUUACAUUAGAUUCAUAUGAUGAUGGCAAAUACAAUCUUUACUCCGACAAUUACUUGCGUAGCCGUAGGAACAUUCGGUAGAUUUCCAGCUUCAAACGUUGAUCAUCACCUUCGAUUCAACUCCAGAAUCAAACACAAUCGUUUCUCGGUUCCAGAAAAGAUCCGAGGUUUGAGAUUUCAAAACGAUGACAGAAGAAAAAUGAAUAUGGUUGUCUACUCUUGCAUAAUACCAGAACACUCUAAUGAUUCUUCUCCUGGUUAUUAUUGCAGGAAACUUUGGAUCCUUGGCACGAUAUUCUCAAUACUAGCAUCUUUUUUUAGGGGAAAAUGGGGACCUUUGUUGCAACUGAAAGAGAAAGUUGACACAACAAUACAUGAAGCACAUCGUGUAGUAGACAUUAUAGAAGAAGUGGCUGAAGAGGUAGAUAAGGUGGCAGAAGAGGCUGUGAAGCAUCUGCCAGAGGGAAAAUUUCGCCACGCUGUAGAACUUGUUGAAAAAGUAGCUGAAAAUGUCGAGAAGCGUGCCCAACGUGUUGAAGAUGCAUUAGAAAAGGUUGAGAACAUGGAAAAGGAGUUGGAGUCCUUCAUUACUGAAUCAACCACUCAUCAUAAAAGUAGCGUAACGACGACUUCAGAAGCAAAAGAACAGAAAUAGAGAAAAACACGGUUGCUGAGCAUGGCGACAAUUCUUCUACUGAAAAAUCAAACACCACGUUUUUACAUCUUUUCUUUUUAUUACAGUAACAUCUAGCUUGUACAAAUUUUAUUCCUCAAGUUAUUUCUUCUCUCACGCAUAAGCUUAACAUUUUCAGCAACUUGUUUCCCAUGUUGAAAUGAAAGAUGCAUACCUAUCAAUUAGUUAUCUACAAAAGAAAAACAUCACCAUCAAUAUGGAAAGUAAACAAAAACCAAAUUAUGUAAAA